GUGAAAAAAAACACAAUUGAUCGGCUAAUGACGUCGAAUAGCAGACGUGAAAGUUGAGUAUUUACCGCCGACCGAUUGUCGAAGGGUUCAUUUUCACAGUGAUCAGAUAUUUUUGCGUCUAUCACUGAUACUCACAAAGAGAUAUUAGUAAGUUGAACGUUCAAAUUCAAGUUUAUUGACCGUUUUAUCACGCAAAUAAUUUUCCAGGUUCGAUAGUCCCCUACAUAAUUACAUGCACCGCGCUACUUUCGCCUUUGUUUCAGAAUAAGCAGUCAAAGUUCCAACUUGUUCGUUUCCUUAGCUUGGUCGUUUCCUUAACGUCUCCAGUUACGUUUUACGCACGAGCUUUUCAAACGUUUCUCUGCAGGUAAAGUGCAUGAAUUUACCCAAGAAUUCUGUCUUCCAGCUCAUUGCUUAAACCUUCAUGGAUUCAAAUAACACACAGAGAUGUUACUUCCUAGCAACUUUGGAACCGUCGCGCGUAGGAAGCUUCUUUGCCUCUGACAUCGUUUGCUGCGUACUUAACUCUGUGUUUUCUGUAGUGGCGACCACCUGGAACAUUGUAGUGAUCCUAGUGAUCUGGAAGACGCCGCUUCUCCAUUCGCCUUCGAACAUUCUCAUUUGCUGCCUCGCUUGUUCCGAUUUUAUUAUCGGUCUCAUGGCUCAACCUAUGCUCGUCACCUACAAGAUCGCCGAACUUAAGAAUAGCGCCAAUACCGCCUGCAUCGGUAGACUCAUUCACUGGAUUGCUGGAUUUGUAUGCGCGGGAGUCUCUGUUAUGACAAUUUGCGCCAUAUCGGUGGAUAAAGUGCUUGCCCUGUACUUGCACCUUCGUUACAAAGAAAAAGUCACAGUUGCGCGCGUUUUUAAAGUUAUUUUCGCUUUCUGGAUUUUUUGCAUCUCUACCGCUGUGUCCCUCUUCUUGGCGAACACGGAUCGUUACUGGACUCUUGUUCCAUUACCCGUGCUUGCGGUGACUUUGACCACAACUUUCGUUGCAUACAUCAAGGUGUUUAGAGUGCUCCGACGCCAUCAGAGACAAAUACAGUCACAGACUCGGUCUGCGUGGGAAGGAGUCAAUAUGAGUAAAUAUAAGAAGUCCGUUAUUACCAUGGUUUAUUUGUUAGUGAUGUUUCUCGUUUGUUAUACUCCGUUCUUAACGGCAAUGGCUGUUCGCCUUCUAGCUGGUUACAGUCCUGGUGUAAAAAUGGCUUACGAGUGGGGAGCAACUAUUGUGUAUUUGAAUUCGUCGUUAAAUCCAGUAGUGUACUGGUUCAGAAUGCAAGAAAUACGCCUUGCAACGUACAACACCAUCAGAAAAAUACUUGGGAACGAAAGCAGAUUUGAGAGUAGGGUUUUUCAAUUCAGCAAUGCGAACAUUUUUAAUGAUAAUGUUAGCAAGUUUCGAUUUGACAAUUCGCAAGCUUCUUAAAAUUUAUUGCCAAUCAAACUGAGUUAAUUUUUUAUUUCAUGCAACCUGUCUUUCACGUUCAGUUGGACUUCGAAUCCUUCGUGGGAAACAAUAUUUAUUUUUUUCGAAUAAAACGACAUCAGUUUACAGCUGCUUGCCGCCAGCGAUACUGGGCUUUGUAUGAGGGUCUGUCAGUAACAGAAAGAUUGGUUGUAGUACGAAAUUUUAAAAAAAUUUCGGGAAAAUUUAAUCUUAUCACCACUUUAAAA